UUUUUUCUAGGCCAUGGGAGGAGCACGCCCACGUCAGUUUCUGCACAGGUACAACAAAACGCCGUGGAGAGGUUUGGUUACAAAUACUCACCUUCACUAACAACUAAAAGCCGAGAUUUAGGGGAGAAGGAAACAGCAAAAAAGAAAAACAAAAUCCAAAUGAUGGCAGAGCACGGUGAUCCUUGUAAUGGGCAGGAAGCCACCUACUGUAUGAACGGUGCAACCUGCUACAAAAUACCUUCCAUGAACACACUCUCCUGUGUGUGCAACGACGAUUUCAAAGGCAGCAGAUGUGAACAGUUCGAGCUCCAGCUCCCGAGCAAGAUCAGCAACUCAACAGAAGCGGGGUUAAUCGCAGCCGUGGUCAUCGUUACCCUGAUCGCCUUGGUCAUACUGGCUCUUCUUAUCUACUACAUACGGAAGAUGAUGAAACUGAAGAAAGAGAGCAAACAGAGCAACCAGCAACAGUACUGGAAAGUGGCACCGAGGGUAUAAUCUGUACCAACUCUGUGAAAUGAUUAAGUAAUUAUACAGCAUGACCACGACAGAACAGACAGAGGAG